AGAAUCCCCUUAUAAAAUAGGCAACAGUGGGUGGCCUGGCAGGCAGAGCUGUUGUGGUCAGGUGUGGAAAGGAAGCCUCGUUGCCACCAUGAACUUCUCCGGCAAGUACCAAUUGCAGAGCCAGGAGAACUUUGAGCCAUUCAUGAAGGCAAUGGGUCUGCCCGAGGACCUCAUCCAGAAAGGGAAGGACAUCAAGGGGGUGUCAGAAAUUGUGCACGAAGGGAAGAAAAUCAAACUCACCAUCACCUAUGGACCCAAAGUGGUCCACAAUGAGUUCACCUUGGGGGAGGAGUGCGAACUGGAGACCAUGACUGGGGAAAAAGUCAAGGCAGUCGUUAAGCUGGAAGGUGACAAUAAAAUGGUGACAACUUUCAAAGGCAUAAAGUCCGUGACUGAACUCAAUGGAGACACAAUCACCAAUACCAUGACAUUGGGCGACAUUGUCUACAAGAGAGUCAGCAAGAGAAUUUAGACAAGGCUAUAUUUCAUAUUCUUUUACAGUGUAAAAUUAAUACAAUAAAGUUACCUUUCUUUUGGAAUAA